GCAGUUGAUUCUACAAACAAUAUUUACAGCAAGAGAAGAAGAAUUUUAAGAUUCCGCGGCGAUGUUUGGUUUUAAAUGAGUAUAAACCGAGUUUAUUUGUAUGCUAAAUAUUUGUUAUCCGAGUAGAAAUGCAUUUUAACAAGUAUAAAGAUAAAUAUAAUCAAGAGUCGAGUUUGUCGUCUUCUUUUAUUACUGCUCCCAAUGAUAAAACGCUGAUAAUGGCGUCUAAAGAGAAGAAGGAAAACAAAAGAAUGGGCAAACAGACGGCAACUGUGUACGCAGCAAAGAUAAAGACCAAGAUACACAAUACCUCAUCAUUCUUCAAGCUUUCUUUGAAAAGUAACAACAAGGCUCUGACUCUGGCUUUGGUUGCUCAGAAGCAGAAGAGCAGAGAGCUGGAGGCAGAGGUGGUGCGACUGAGGAAAGAAGCACAGACAAAUCAUUUUGAUCUUGCUCAACAGCGUCAUAAAAACAAACAACUGUUUGCCAUUAUACGAGAGUUUUAUGACUCUUCCCUUAACUGGAUGACAAAGGCAGUUGAUAUUUUUUGCAAUGAGGAGGAUCCAGACUCUGGACACAACGCCAGUAAAGACCACAUGAUUGAAAUAGAGAAAGAGGUUGGGAGUUUGCAAGACAAACCAUUGUGUCCACAGCAGAACUAUGACCAUUCUGAACCAGUGAAUACAGUCGGUGAUGAUCCCAGCCAAGAAAGAGACAGUCCAGCACAGCAAAACACCAUAUAUGACUCUGAAAUGGAGGUGACCCUUAGUGACAGUGCUGCUGAAAUAGUAACAGUUGAAACAAAUGCAAGAAGAACCUCUAGAGUUACAGAGGAACAUCAAGAAAAGAAGGGUUUGUGUCUGUCAGAAAAAGAUAGUGUGGUUAUAUCUGCAAAGUUAGACUCACCAAUUGAAUUUAGUAGAUCAGAUUAUACAUCAGCUGUGCCAAAUGAGACGACCGCUGUGACACAGCAGUGCUCUCCUACUGUUCAGAAUGAAGUGGAAAAUGGGCAGCAAACAGAGUCAAUAACUGCACGCAGGAAGACUCACGUCACCUCUCGUACUAAAAGUAGCAGACGUACAGGUAAACGGAAAGAACCAUACCCAGAUCCAAGAAAAACAUACGUAAUCUCCCAAGAUCCUCCUUAUGACAUUUUUAACAAUUGUUUUAGUGAUCUCGAGCUUCAGAAUUCUGAAAGAAGCAAGGCAAUUGAAAAUACUUCAAGUAAAGCUGUUAAAAACAAAGCUAAAGAGUCCCAUGCUACGCAGGAACCCAGGAGAACAUUUAUAGUUCAAGAUGAGCUAAGACCUCAGAAGAUCAGGAAGACCAAAGUUUUGUCCCUUAUGAUGGAUCACGGUUUAUCUGAUGUUCAUGAAAAUGUCCAGUCUGCCAGUAGUUUAUGCUUCGAGUCUACUGGUACUGAUGUGCAUGUCGGUGAGACCGCUGUUCAAAAACAUAAAAACAAAACUCCAGCACACCCACUUCCUCAGUCUGAAAAGUGCAAGACACAGAAAAACAGAGGAACAUUUGUGAUACAGGCAAGUCAAUCAUUCGCUGCAAACCUCUCCAGUGCACGCUUGUUGGCGGAACACUGCUUCCCCCUUCUGAGCCGCCGGACGGUUUGCCAGAAUCUCUUUGAGGCCGACCGAAAGUCUUCCUCCAUGGCCUCACCAAACUCCUCCGCUUAUCCGAGGCUGGGUCGUGUGGGCAGUAGUUCGAGCAGAGCCCCCCAGACUUCCCUCUCCCCGAGUUUUUGCCACUGCCGCGUUCUGCUUGGCCCGCCGGUACCCAUCAGUGGCUUCAGGAGUCCCAUGGGUCAGCCAGACCCGAUAGAACUCCUUCAGCUUGACAGCAUCCCUUACCUCCGGUGUCCACCACCGUGUUCUGGGAUUGCUGCCACGACAGACGCCAGAGACAUUACGGCCGCAGCUCCGAACUGCCGCCACGACAAUGGAGGUGUGGAACAUAGUCCAUUCAGACUCAAUAUCCCCAGUCUCCCUUGGGACCUGGUUGAAGCUCUGUCGGAGGUGGGAGUCGAAGACCUCUCUGAUGGUGGCCUCUGCCAAACAUUCCCAACAGACCCUCACUAUGCGUUUGGGCCUGCCAGCAAGAUGAGGCGUGGGGACAAAUACUCUGAUACUAAAUUCUUAAACUCUCCGGUGUUCAAAGACAAAAAGAAGAAGAAAUUAACUUAG